UUACGCCAUUUUGUCGGACUUUGUCGGAUGGAAGAAAACGCGUCGAAAUUGCAUCGUAGAAUGAUACCGACCAGCACUGUCAGUCGACCAGUCAAAAUCGGCCUCCGUCUUACUGGGAUAUGGCCGAAUUCUCCGAUUUUCUUCAGGCUGCUUUGGACGUCAGUAAUGGGAACAGGACUAAUCUUCCAGUAUCAUUAUCUUCUGAUGCACUUCAGCACUAAGGAGCUACCAAAUCUAAUAGACGGCUUAAGCACCACCUUGCCGUAUAGUCUCCUUUUCUUCAAGCUGAUCGUCCUGUGGGUAAAUAAUCGAAUAUUCAACGAUAUUCUGACGGCGAUGUCCAACGAUUGGCGCGAAUAUUCUAGCAUGUACGCCAUGAUAGACAAAGCGGUCCUCGCGCAUCGCUGCUCGAAACUGAUCAUCGGUGUGUACUCGACAGCGGUGAUGCUUUACAGCACCGCAUCUGUUAACUUUCGCAAGCAAACCGACGACGAUUGUCCGGAAUUGCUUAUAAAGAUGGAAUUGCCCUUCGUAUUUUGCGAAUCGCCGAUCUACGGUAUCGUGGUGAGCGUUCAAUUUGUCCACCUAAUGGCGGUCGCUUCCACCAUAGGUAUGCUGGAUGCAUUAAUGGUUACAUUGAUGCUGCAUAUUGGUGGGCAAAUAGAUCUUAUGCAACAGCAAGUGGGAGAAAUUUCUCCCAAGAAAUAUGAUGAAUAUUUAUCCACUAACAUUGUGAGAUCCUUGAUUAACAAGCAUCAAAAGAUUAUUGAUUUCUCGGAAAAUAUUGAGAGCCUUUUUUCUCAUAUUGCAUUGAUGCAACUCUUUUCAAAUACGAUGAUCAUAUGUUGCAUCGGGUUUCUCAUAGUAACCUCGUUGGGCACAGAUGAAGGCAUCAGGAUGUUAGUGAAGACUGUGUUUUUUUACAUUGCUAUCACUUUGGAAGCGUUUAUCUUCUGUUUUGCCGGCGAAUAUUUGAGCAAUAAAAGUAAAAUGAUUGGUGACGCGGUAUAUGAAUCUGUUUGGUAUACUCUCAAGCCUCGAGAUUGCCGGAUUCUGUUGUUUGUAAUCGUGAGAUCGCAAAGACGGUUGACAAUCACUGCAGGGAAAUUUAUGGAUUUAUCAUUAGAAGGAUUCACAAACAUUUUAAAAGCCUCCGCCUCGUAUGUAUCUGUUUUAUAUGCAAUGUAUUAAUGUUGAAGAAGUUUAAAAUUGUGUACACAUGCUGUGAAAAAAUUAAAGUAUUAUUCAUUUCUUUUUA